CAUGAAUAUCCACCAUGGCCAUUUGUUCCUAUAAAUAAAGGCUUCGUGUCUGCCUAACUUACACACCGACAAACGCAGAGGUAAAGACAACGAGUUAAGGAAACGAAAAAUGAGGGUUUUUCAUGGUACAGUGACAGCUCUGUGUUGUGUAGUGGUUGUGCUGGGAGUGUUUCCACUCUCUCUAGAUGCACAACUUGAUCCUUCGUUUUACAGAGACACAUGUCCCAGAGUUCACUCCAUUGUUCGUGAAGUCGUCAGGAACGUUUCAAAGAAGGAUCCUCGCAUUCUCGCCAGUCUCAUUAGACUUCACUUUCAUGACUGCUUUGUUCAAGGGUGUGAUGCCUCGGUUUUAUUGAACAACACUGCUACAAUAGUGAGUGAGCAGCAAGCUCUGCCAAACAACAACUCGUUAAGAGGUUUGGAUGUUGUGAAUGAUAUCAAGACAGCAGUGGAAAAUGCUUGCCCCGGCGUGGUUUCUUGUGCAGACAUUCUUACCCUUGCAUCUGAAAUAUCUUCAGUUCUGGGAGGUGGUCCUGACUGGAAAGUUCCAUUGGGAAGAAGAGAUAGUUUAACAGCAAACCGAACACUUGCUAAUGAAAACCUUCCAGCUCCUUUCUUCAACCUCACCCUACUGAAAGCUGCAUUUGCUAAACAAGGCCUUGACACUACUGAUCUAGUUGCACUCUCAGGUGCUCAUACAUUUGGCAGAGCUCACUGUUCUUUCAUUCUUGACCGAUUGUACAACUUCAGUGGCACUGGAAGACCCGACCCAACUCUGGACACAACUUACUUACAACAAUUACGGUCACAGUGCCCCCAAGGUGGACCUAACAACCUUGUAAAUUUUGAUCCAACAACUCCUGAUAGAAUCGACAAGGCCUACUACUCCAAUCUUUUGGUUAAAAAGGGUUUGCUUCAGAGUGAUCAAGAGUUGUUCUCAACGCCCGGCGCUGAUACCAUUCCCAUUGUCACCAGGUUCAAUAGCGAUCAAAAGGUUUUCUUUGACGCAUUUGAGGCUUCGAUGAUUAAGAUGGGUAACAUUCGUGUGCUCACUGGGAAGCAAGGAGAAAUCAGAAAGCACUGUAAUUUUGUUAACAAGAAAUCUGUUGAAAUUGAUACUGUGGUCUCUGAGGAAUCUUCUGCAGAGGGUUUGGUUAGCUCUUUCUAAAUGAUUUGAUCGGCCACCAAUAAACUAGUUUUUAGCCACUUGUUAUGUUGAUGUGUGUUAGAUUUUCUUUGUUGUAGUUUGAAUCGUGUAUUUUAGUUUUGGAAAGAGAUCCUGAAUAAGCUAAAAUAUGAUCUAUCAUUCUUAUACAAUUGGAUGAUAGAAGUUGAACUGAACAUUUAAACUCUAAUUGACCGUUGUUUGUAUUUAUUGCCUUUC